GACCGACCUGACCUGCAAGCGUCUACAUGAUUUGUUUACAAAUGGCGGUUGCAGGAUGAAACGAUGAUAGUGGAGAAGCUGUAGAGUGUUCAAGAAUGUUGCGCCGCACGCCUGGAGCUACCAGCGCUCUGCUGCAGAAAGUGAACAGUCAACUGAAAGGAGAGAAGAUUGAGAAGCCUGAGGAUGAGUUGAAUGCAUACAUAAGUUCACUGACUCAGAAAACUGUGAAGUCACAGAAGUCAGUGAAUUUUGAAGAUCUUGGGGACAGCAUUUCCAUUAGCAGCGAUAUAGAAGAUGUGAAACCCGAAAUGGCGUCCACAACUGGUAGCAAGUUCCUAAAGAAAAAAACUGGUUCAGAUGUUGUAGACUCGAGUCCUCAAUAUGGAGCUUCAACAAAGGGAGGUAAUAACUUCCUGAAACAGCCACAGUCAUCUGCCCCGUCAUCGAAUAAAACUCAGCAAAGACCUCAGAUCCAAAUUCCUGCCCAAACCACUGGGCCAUCUAGGCCGGGGACAACCGUUGGCGUUGGGCGUGGAGUUGCCAGCGCACUGGACAAGGCCUCUGUCCUCACUGGGAAGUUCCAGCAGAAAGCCACAGUGAGGAAGAGCUAUACGCUGGACUCUGAGAGCGAUGAAAGCUUUGGCAACUUGAAAAUAUCUGCUGUUGGGGAUCAGCUAUCUGAGUCACAAACUACAGAGAGUGUGAAGAUAGGACGAGACGGUGGCAAGUUCCUUAAAAAGGCCACACCCAGCCCAACACCCGGACCCUCUGCAUCCUCAGCCCCCGCUAAAUCUGGGCCCCAGCCUACCCAGGGGACCAAGACACAGGCCCCUGCAUCCAAGAGUGCACCCCAAAAACAAAAUUCUCCCUUCCAAUUGAAGAGCUCCAUGAAAUACUCAACUGAUGUUGUUCUCACCUCCGAAGAGGAGAGCUUGGCAGAGUUUGUGGGUGGUCUUCCUUCUUCAUCAGAUAGUUUGGAAAAACCUAAACAACGGUUCAAAAGAAGACCAGGUAGACACACACCCUCCCCGCCUCCAAAUGUAGGUCGCAGUGUCUCCCCAUCUCCAAAACCCACCCCACAGAAAGGCGCAAAACCCGCUGCGAAAGCAGACAAAGCAAAUCGGUCGCCAUCACCAACAAAUAAACCGCCACUGAUAAGACGGACUCCAUCCCUCAGUCCUCGGAAUUCCCCAGGCCUGAGACGGAGGUCGCCGUCUCCCCGGGUUGGGCGGUCAUUCUCAGAUGACUCUAAUGUGGCAGAGUCUAUCAUGGAUGAGGUGGCUGAUGAGUUUGACUUUGGUGUCAAUGUGAUAAUGGAUCUAGAUGAGUUGGGACCACCAAUACAAGAAGACCUGCCUCCCCGCCCUGAGACCCCGCUGUCCCACUCAGACUCUACCAUCCGUUCAACAGCCCGCAAAACCACACGCUCAGCGGGAAAACUAAAAACUGACAAGAAGACUAUUAAUUCUCCAUUUAAACCAUCGAAAUCUGCAAAUGAUGGGUCUAGAGCUGUAUCAGCAAGUAAAAGCAAGGGAGAUAAGACAGAGAAAUCGCUCUUGAGACAAGUGGAUAGUAGUCAGUCACCGUUUAAAGCUAGGACUGAUGGACAGAAGAAGGAACGGAAUGAGUCGCCGUUCAAAGCCAACAAAGAGAAUCAGUCACCAUUAAGGUCGUCAAAUAAUGUCAGUCCGCCUCUUUUCAAGGCUAAAUCUGCUGAUUCCCCAUUCCGAGCAAGUAACGAGGGAUCUAUCUUUCGAUCAUCAGUUGAUUCUCCGUUUAAAUCAGGCGGCCCCAAAAAGUCUGAUAAACAAGUCAAGAAAGUACACUCUAAGAAAGGAAAAGAAAUAAGUAAAAGCUCAGCUAAAAAACCUCAAAGUAAGAAAUCCAGUGGGACUGAUAUUUUUAGUGCAUAUGGCCUGCAGACAGUGGAGGAUCUUCUAGGUGAGAUGUCGGUGAAAGGCAGCGAGAGUGAGGACGUGGCAACCACAGAAGUGGAGGAGGUGGCCAGUGAGAUUUCUGAGAUAAAAACAGAGCAACCAUACAGAGCCAGGUAUGAUAGUGCAACUGAAAUAGCAUCAGAGAUUGACGAAGUGCGACCCAAUGUACCGACGUACACGGAUGAUUUUGACAGCAUUUCCGAGAAGAUUGGCUACAGUAGUGAGCGGCGCUACUCUUCAGCGUCGGAGGUGAAAACUAGGUACAGUGCAGACGAGACGGUGGCCAGUGAGUCUGAGCAUACCAGCGAGACGGACACUGAGACGUACACGCGGUCGUACUCUGAUGAGAGGUCGGAGGAUAAAUACACAGAGGAUUAUACUUCCUAUACAGAAGACUUCACCAAGAGCCUGGUCCCUUCCAAUACGACCCGGUCUGACCUGACCCCUCUCCCGCCCAGAGGCAUGGCUACUGCAGGGGUCCAGACGCCCAUUGACGGGCUCCUAUACUCCUGGAACCCUGCGGGCACGGGUAUGGCUUUCUCUGGGCUCCCUUACGGGCUUCACUUUGUGGACCCAACACCAAUUGCCUCCCAUGUGGUCUCGGCUGAUGCAUUGGAAGCCAUGACAGCAUACAGCCCGGCCAUGUUGGCGCUCCAUGACAUGUUGAAGUCCCAGCUGGAGUUGACCAGAGAGUUCAUCAGCAUGCAGAGGCACUUGAAGGAGCAGACACUGGCCAGCUUCACACCACAGUACCAGUACACCACCCUGGAGGAUACAAGGAAGUUUAUAGCAGCCAAUAAAAAGAAGAAGCUAUCCUUCAAAGAGGCAUUACGUCUGGUGGACUUGGAAACUGCUCGUAAAGACAGAUAGCAAGAAGUCUCCUGUGUACCAGGGUCAUGAUUUGAAUGAGGACUUCAUUAAAAUGGGCUGGGAAAACAGGGUUUUAAUGCAUGUGCCUUAAGUUUUGUCCCAGCAUUUUCCACUGUUAUGGAAUUUCUCGUUAAAGAAAGUCUCAUCUAAACAAAAAUCCAGUUUAGGGGGAAAGUGUCGUCCCUGAAUAGCCUGUGCGGACUGCAAAGGUUAAUCUGGGACAAUACUUUAGGUACAUGCAUUAAGCCUUGCUCAAAUAUGACAUUUAAGUUUGAAUAUUAAUAACCAAACUAUAAUAUAGUGACAAAAUAGAAAAGCCUGACAUUUGAAAAUUAACUGUUUUAAUGUAUACCCCAUUUAAACUUUGUUAAAAUAUAUUGAUAGAUUGCACACACUAACAUCAAUUUGGCAGCACAUCAGGGGACAAAAAUAUUUCUAAACUGCACUCGUCCUGCAGGACGAGAGCAUUAAAAUUUUCACUCGUCCUGCAAACACAUGCAUUCGUUCUUCAAAUGUGUAUGAAAUAAAGAUUGCAAAAGGCGGAUAUGACUGAUAAAGUUUCCUAUGUCACUGCUAAAAUGCUGCUUACUCGGUUAUUCAUGACAGCUGAUCACAAAAGAAUGGACGUUUGAAUAUUGCCCCCGUCCCCUUUAAAGAACGCUCGUAUGUCAGACAUUUUUGAGACAAAAUUCAGACUGGUUUAAAAACGUAUUUCGCGGUUAAAUAAUUCUUUAAAAAUCAAUACUUACAGUGAAUGAAGUUGGAUGGUUCCCUGUCAACAUGGGCGCAAAAAGUUAACACCUAAAAGCUAAUAUUUACUCGAGACACAGUCUCGCAUAACAACGCACACCUGCUGUAUGAAAUUUACAAUAACAAUUUCUGGUUCAUUUUCGUUCUACUUACGGAAUAGAUAUGCUUUAAGAAAACGAUUUUAUUUAAUGAAAAAGAGUCUUACUGGUCAGAAAAAAACAUAUUUUAACAUCAGUUUUUUUCACUCGUCCUGUAGGACGAAAGCUUUAGGAAAAUUCACUCGUCCUUUCAAGAUUUCACUCGUCAAUACGAGCAGACGAGUGGAAUUUUUGUCCCCUGCAGGUGCGCUUUUCACAGUGUUUUACAUAGAAAUCAUAGAAAUCUAUUAAUUGGGAGCUCAUUUAUUUUUAUAGUGAAAUAUUUUUGUUUAUGCAACCGUCAGUUUUUUCAGUUUUAGAAUAGCAUGUUAUUAUUUUGUUCUAAAUUUGAGAAAUUGUGUCAAGUUUGGGACUAAAGGAGAAAGAAAGCCCUGUGCAGUUGCAUACAAGAUAUUUUGGGUGUGAUUUGUGUGAAAGUCUCAACAUAGGUUAAGUUUAUUUUUCAUCCAUUUCUAUUCUGAAUGGAUGGAGUUAAUAAGAUAGCAUAGGAAUUCAUGAAAACAAAAAAUGGUUAUGAGAAAGUGACAUUGUUCCAAACACAAAGAAUUGCAUUGGCUGAAAUGUGUAUGUUAUCAUCAUGAAUAGAAAUUUCAACAUUUAGUCUCAAAAUGAUCAACCAAUAAAAACAAUUGAUAUACCCAGUAAUUAGUUUUUUAGGCAUUAAGCAUGUUUAACAAGUUUGCAACAUUUUAUUGUUAAUAUAAGCAUACCAGGUAAGUUGUAUCAAUUGCUUUACACAGACUGAAAAAAAUCCAGGAAAGGAUGAGUCCAAUUAUUUUUAAGAAAGACAUUCUUGUUAAGUUGGUGAACAUUUUAUGAAAAAUAUGGCGACACGCCAUGUAAUGACACUUAGGGAAUGUUUGUAAGAAAACAUGUUUGACUCUUCUUAGAUAAUAAUUUCUCAGGUUUUAUCUGCAUCUGUUUGUCCAUGUCUGUAACUUGUAUGAUUCACCAUUGUACAUGUUAACUGCUUGUUACACAUGAUAAAGUGCGAUAGACUGUUAUGUCCAAAAUUGAUAUACAUGUACAGCUGUGGCUUCCAAUGUAACAAUUAUCAGUGAUAACAUAAGUAGGUUUUGUACUUUUUUGCAGGGAACUCUCAUAGAAGAAUAAUGGAAUUCUCCUACAUUGUUAAUGUUAAUUGUUAUCUGUGAUAAAUUUAAUUAGUUUACAAGGACACAUUUUACACACUUUAUGUAGUUUGUAUACCAUGUGUGAUUUGUUAUCAAUAAUACAAGCCACAUCAUGCAGAAAUGGGUCUUAUACCAUAUGCCACCAGUGUUGCUCCAGACCAGCCUAAGCAAUCAGACCACUUGCUUUUUCUUCAUUAAAGACAUAUUUCGGAACUUUUUUUUAGUCUGAUGUCAAAAACAAUUAGGACAAUUCAUGGUAUAAGCAAUAACCUAAAAAAUAAGAAAGGGGGAGGGGACCUUGAGAUUUUAUAAAAUGUGAUGUUAAGGCAUUUUAUUGUUUUAGUUCCAAUUUGGAAAUUGUAUUUGUAUUUUAAAUUGUAGAGCUACUUUUGUAUUAUUUAUUAAACAUUUGUGUACAAAACAAAUAAAGGAAACAACACUU